AUGGACGCUACUACAAUUUACUUUACCACCCUUGAACAGCUCGAGAUAGCCAUUCAAGGCAUCUCGGGCGACGAGCGGUACACGUCUGUGUGUUUACACACAGACCAGCUCGUCCUCACCUCAGACAGCACCGACCUGCCUUUUGCGGCGGCGACGUCACGACUCGGAUGCGAAGUCGCGGUGAAGGCCAGAACAAAGGCUGUCGAGGACACGUUGCGCAUCUUUGAUGUGCAGGAUGCUGUGGAAGUCGCCGGCUCCCACAUCCCAAUUGUCUCAUCCAUUGAGGCUUUGGACGAUGCAGGCUUGUAUCUGUAUGACGCCGCGCUAGUGCGCGAUGAGAAAGUACUUGUCGUCUGGUGCGACAAGGCGACUGCCAUCGUCGAGCAGUAUCGACGAACGGAGCACUGUCUCCGCCACUUCGUCAGCGACUGCACUUGCGACAGCGGUCGACACUCAUUCGACCUGGAUGCAAGUGUCAAAGAGCAAGUCGAUGACCGGUAUGCUGGCUAUGACGGUUACUUUGAUGAGACUGUGCGGAAGCGCUUGCUAGACCCGUUGGGUCCGGAAUCAAAGGUACCUCCUGCAGUCGACCCGGCACCCUCGCUCGGGGACCUAUCUGUCGGGUCCUGGGUCGAAUACCAGUCGGCCCCGCAGUCAGCCAACCGAAUGCAUGCCGGCUUUCUUGAGCAGGGCAAAACGAGCGCCCCGACGCAGGCCACAGCGUCUGCGAGUGGCGAUGCAGGCGCGUCGCAUGCGAUACAGGACAAGGAAGCUCACAUAUAUAGCGUAGUCAGCCCUUGCCCACGCACGAUGAGCAAGGCCGAAACUAGCGGUAAAUACGACAAUGCCUCCAGAGACAUGGUCGUAAGCGACUCCAGCACCGACAAUGACAACGAGGACGUCGACAGCCUCGUCGGAAGAGAAACUGAUGGGUUGAAUGCAGUAUCCGUCAGUGAGGCAUACGCGACUCGUCGUUAUGGCCGGACGUCCCAAUCAAGAGGCGGCAAACACGCACCGCCUACGAAUUCGACGCGCGUAGGUGAGGGCAUGGGCCAUAGGCAGUCCUCGCACCAGGCGUGGCAGGACACGAUAGGGUCCCAAGAGCCUUUGCCGCGGAUCACCGCCGCGCAGAAAGAGAAAUGGCGCGCGACCGACAGCAGCAUCAAGGAUGAAAAUGCUGGCCCUUCGACUGUAGCUCCAGAGGUGACGCGUCGUUCGCAACCAAGUCGGAACGCCAAGCGGAAGAGGCCUUGUACCGACAACAAUGACCGUGUCGACGGCUUCUCCGACUCGCGCAACAAGAAGCAGAAAACUACGCGCGCCGCACCUCCUCAGCAGCAGAAGGAAUUCGUUUGUCCUCGCGAGAAAUGCGAACACAAGGGAUUCAAUAGAAAAAGCGACUUCCACCGUCACCUGCUGGGCUGUUUUGAUAUCAGGCAGCUCGUCUGUUCUCGUUGCGGCACGACUUGGGCACGGAAGGAUGCGAGAAACCGCCAUGUCAAGGAGACAAGUUGCGACAGGUCGCAGGGUCCUACUGGCAACGGCGGCGGCACCAGCACGCAGAUUGGCGAUGGCGGCGGGGCAGGCAUGGAGAGCGGCCAAGUGAGCGACGCGACCAUGCACCUGCGAGCCACGCAGCUGGGCGUGAGCAUAGAAGACCUGGCCUACGUGCUUAGCUUCCUGACUGAGUUCGAAAUGGCUCUUCUAUUCCGCGGCAAUGAGGACGACGACGAGGGAGCGGAUUAA